AUGGCAACAAUUGAUUUGUUGCUACAGCAAAACGUUUCUGUAGGGCUAUUUAUUUAUGUGAUCGUCACAUACUUGGCCGUUAUGUUGGUGACAAUACUUGGAAACUUCAUUGUUAUACUCAGUGUGUAUAGGAAUCGUAAAAAUACUCCGAGCAGUAUCUUCAUUGCAUCCUUAGCAAUUGUUGAUUUCUUAACUGGCUUGAUUGGAGUUCCCCUCUGUAUGGUAGGAAGCUUUCUUCGUAGACAGUUCCUUUAUAUGAAUGGCUGUGCAAUGUGGUAUUAUAUGCCCGCCACAAUAUUGAUUUCUAUGUCCGUGCUGAAUCUGUUGGUGAUAACUAUUGACCGAUUCCUUGCGAUUAAAUAUCCUUUACGAUACCGUGUAUGGGUGUCAGUUAAAAGAGCAUUUCGAAUUUCUGUAUGUGUUGAUUUGUUUGGGCUUCUCGCAGGCGGAAGUUCGUUUGCAGUAAGUGCUGUCGCAAGCCUUUUCGUGCCACCACAUAACGUGACGUAUGAAUACGAUUGCGGGAGAUCUGCCAUUUAUGAAAAGUACGGAAACCCUGUGGAAUUUUUCGUUAAAGUAGUGGCUAUCGGCCUUUCAAUUCCUAUCAUGUUUAUACUGUAUGCCUAUAUUUUCUUUGCGUCAAAAAAAGCAACGAAGGCUGCCUCACGUCGCGAGAAGAAAGUUAGUAAACGAGAAAUAAAAAUGGCCAAGACAACAGCCAUAGUACUUCUGGUUUACAUUUUGUGUAUUGCACCAAGUGCUCUUAAAAUCAUUGUUCGCAAACUCAUUGAUAAUGUUUCUACCUCACUGGUCUGGUACUUGUGGUUAGCAGAUUUUCUCGCCGUCGCUAACUCGAUGAUGAAUCCAUUUAUUUAUGCAGGAAGAAGUGGAGUAAUGAGAAAAGAAUUAAAAGAAACCUUUUACUUCAUCAUUUGCAAGGUUUCAUCCGGAUCGGAAAUACAAAGCGAAAACGAAAUGACGCAGAGACAUUCUGUAGACGACAGUCACAAAACAGGGGCGGCCCUCAGGAUCCCCUGCUAG